AUGUCAUUUUUCUCCGGAAUCCCAGUCGCUGAGCCCAUUGAGGUGUUCCACAAAAACCGGCUUUACCAGUUGGAGCAAAAUCCUGACAAAGUCAACCUUACAAUUGGAGGUAAAUGGAAGAUUUUUUACAUUAUCUUUGGGGUUUAGCUUAUAGAACCGAGGAAAAUAAACCUUGGGUGCUGCCUGUCGUCCAGCAAGCCGAGAGAGACCUGGCCAAGGACGACACCCUGAACCAUGAAUAUUUACCUGUUCUUGGACUCCCAGAAUUUACCGAUGCUGCUGUGAAAUUGGUACUUGGAGACGAUAAUCCAGCCAUCAAGGAUGGGCGUGCGUUUGGAGUCCAAUGUCUUUCUGGAACGGGAUCACUUCGUGCUGGAGCCGAGUUCUUGAAGAGACUUUUGAAUCUGGACUCAGUUCUGGUCUCACAGCCAACUUGGGGAAACCAUAAAUUAAUCUUCCACAACGCUGGUUUCGGUAGCAUUAAAGUUUAUAAGUAUUGGGAUGCUGACAACAAGAGAGUAGAUAUUGAAGGAUUCUUGGCUGAUCUGCAAAAUGCCCCAGACAAGUGAGUUCGUUCUUGUUAUUUAUGGCCUUGUUCAGGACUGUGGUUGUUCUUCAUGGAUGUGCCCACAAUCCAACUGGAAUGGACCCCAGCCAAGAUGAGUGGAAAAAGAUCUGUGAGGUUGUCAAGCAGAAGAAUCUGUUCACUUUCUUUGACAUUGCUUAUCAGGGAUUUGCCUCGGGAGAUCCGGAUAAGGAUGCCUGGGCCAUUCGAUAUUUCGUUGAGCAAGGUCUGGAGAUGGUCAUCGCCCAAUCUUUCGCCAAGAACUUUGGCCUUUAUAACGAAAGAGUUGGCAAUCUUGCUAUUGUGGUGAAUGACAAGUCAACUAUUGAGGGAAUCAAGUCUCAGAUUCAGUUGGUCAUCAGGGCCAAUUGGUCCAAUCCCCCGGCCCAUGGAGCCAGAAUUGUGGCCAUGGUUUUGAAUGAUCCCAGCAGAAAACAGCAAUGGUUGGACGCCAUAAAAGUAAUGAGCACUAGAAUUCAGAAGAUGAGAGAGGUCCUUCUGAAGUUGCUGAUUGAUCUCGGAACUCCCGGAAAGUGGGAUCAUAUUGUGAAGCAGAUCGGGAUGUUCAGUUACACUGGUCUGAAUAGUGAGUUUGUAAUUUGUGGUAUAUUAUGUAAAAGUUGGGGGCUUGGGGAGGUCGUCCGUGGGAGUGGAUACCCCCAACUGCUGACUUCACGAAAGUCUCAGAGAUACGUUUCCAGUCACAGUAUUUUUUUGUCUUCUUUUUUUGGGAAGGGAUCAUAAAUAAGACAGAAAUCAAAGCCGUUUUAUAUAUACUCUUUCAAACUCCGUGUAAAAUACAAAAAAUUCAGAAGAACAAGUGGAUCGUCUGAUCGCUGUCCACAAGGUGUUCCUUCUCAACGAUGGUCGGAUCAACAUCUGUGGAUUGAAUACCAAAAACGUCGAGAAAGUUGCCAAAGCCAUAGAUGAGACCGUCAGAAACAUCCCAAGCCGUCUCUGA